AUGCCCACAACACCAGGAAAGCCGUCGAAGACAAUGUCUUCGCGGCUCUUGACCAUGAAGUUCAUGCAACGAGCAGCAGCAUCAUCCAGCCCAACACCCAUCGAAGGCCCAGAGACUCCCUCCCCCAAACGCCAGCGUCUAUCCACGACAACCAGCGAACCAGCAACAACGCCCAGAUCACUCUCCGACAUGGAUGCCGUCAACGCCGCACUUGCAGCUGAAGAACAGCAACGCGCGGACGCAAUUGCGCGUCAAGCAGCCGAAGCAGGCGAGACGAAUUGGGUGUUGGAUUUUCAGGGUCCUGCGGUUGUCUCAAAGACAGCUACAUCACUGCCUAUGAUUGUUGCUGCUGAUUCGUUGGAUGCUGAGGAUCAAGAGCUGUCGAAUGAUGGACGGAAGUGUUAUGGUGGGUUUAAGAGCAAGAGGCGGACUAUGUAUGACAAUAUAGAAGAACUUCCAGAAGACCCGCAUGAACUCGCCGCGUUCUUGGACAAAAAGAGAAGAAAAGAAGCAAGGGUAGCAAGGAGAGCGGAUAGAGCAAUGCAAAAUGCGACCAGUAUCUCUGGCGGCGGUGGUGCAAGGAGCGCUAUGGUGAACGAUCGAGAUAGGAACAUGAAACAUGGCGGGAAAUCGAGGAAGAAGCGAUCUAAAUGA